CAGAGUCACCAAGGUGGACUGGCAGCGGUCUGGGAAUGGUGCUGCCCAUCACACCCAAGAGUACCCUUGCCCAGAGCUGGUGGUUCGCAGGGGCCAGCUGUUCAAACUCACACUGGAUUUGAGUGGAGACCUGGACAGUGAGGAGGCCCUCAUCUUCACAGUGCAGACAGGUCCCCAGGCAUCCGAGGCUCUCCACACCAAAGCCAUGUUCCAGACAGCAGCGCUGGAGGUAGGUGAUACCUGGACAGCAUCAAAGGGGGAGCAGACAGGGAACACCGUGACCAUCAGCUUUGCCAGCCCCCCCAAUGCUGUCAUCGGCCGCUACCUGCUGAGUGCCAGGCCUUCCUCCCGACGGAAACACAGUGACCGGAAGCUGGGGGAGUUUAUUCUCCUGUUCAACCCUUGGUGCCCAGAGGAUGAUGUGUUCCUGGACUCAGAAGAAGAGAGACAAGAGUACGUGCUCAAUGACAGUGGCAUCAUCUUCCGAGGCGUGGAAAAGCACAUUCGAGCCCAGGGCUGGAACUACGGGCAGUUUGAAGAGGACAUCCUGGAUAUCUGCCUCUCCAUCUUGGACCGAAGCCCUAGUCACCAGAAUGACCCAGCCACUGAUGUGUCCCAGCGCCAUGACCCUGUCUAUGUCACCAGGAUCAUCAGUGCUAUGGUGAACAGCAACAAUGAUCGGGGCGUGGUACAAGGCCAGUGGCAGGGCAAGUAUGGCGGUGGCACCAGCCCCCUGCACUGGCAAGGCAGCGUGGCCAUUCUGCAGAAGUGGUUCAAGGGCAGGUACAAGCCGGUCAAAUAUGGCCAGUGCUGGGUCUUCGCUGGAGUCAUGUGCACAGUCCUCAGGUGUCUGGGGAUUGCAACCCGGGUGGUGUCCAACUUCAACUCAGCCCAUGACACCGACAAGAACCUGAGUGUGGACAAGUACGUGGACUCCUUCGGGCGCACCCUAGAGGACCUGACAGAAGACAGCAUGUGGAAUUUCCAUGUCUGGAAUGAAAGCUGGUUUGCACGGCGGGACCUGGGUCCCUCUUACAACGGCUGGCAGGUUCUGGACGCCACACCCCAGGAGGAGAGCGAAGGUGUGUUCCAGUGCGGCCCAGCCUCUGUCACCGCCAUCCGAGAGGGCGACGUGCACCUGGCCCAUGACAGCCCCUUCGUGUUCGCGGAGGUCAACGCGGACUACGUCACCUGGCUGUGGCAUGAGGACGAGAAGCGGGAGCGGGUCUAUUCGGACACCAAAAAGAUCGGGAGGUGCAUCAGCACCAAGGCUGUGGGCAGCGACUCCCGUGUGGACAUCACAGGCCUCUACAAGUACCCCGAAGGGUCCCGGAAGGAGCGGCAGGUGUACAGCAAGGCGGUGAAGAAGCUGCUGAGCGUGGAGGCCUGGGGCCGGAGGACCCGCAUCCGCAGGGCCGGUGGUCGCGGCCUCUGGCGUGAGGACCUCCUGGAGCCCGCCACCAAGCCCAGCAUCGCGGGCAAGUUCAAGGUGCUGGAGCCGCUGGCGCUUGGCCAUGACCUGAAGCUGGCACUGUGCUUGGCCAACCUCACCCCCCGGGCGCAGAGGGUCCGAGCGAACCUAAGCGCGGCCACCAUCCUGUACACCCGCCGGCCGGUGGCAGAGAUCCUGCAGGAAUCCCACACCAUUAGGCUGGGGCCGCAGGAGGAGAAGAAGAUCCCGGUGGAAAUAUCUUACUCUCAGUACAAAGAAGAUCUGACAGAUGACAAGAAGAUCCUGCUGGCCGCCAUGUGCUUUGUCAGCAAGGGAGAGAAGCUCCUGGUGGAGAAGGACCUUACCCUGGAGGACUUCAUCACCAUCAAGGUGCUGGGGCCCGCCGUGGUGGGAGUGGCAGUCGCGGUGGAGGUGACGGUGGUCAACCCCCUCUUGGAGGGAGCGAAGGACUGCGUGCUGAUGGUGGAGGGCAGCGGCCUGCUCCAAGGACAGCUCAGCAUUGAUGUGCCCAUCCUGGAGCCCCAGGAGAGAGCCUUGGUCCAGUUCAACAUCACCCCCUCCAAGAGUGGCCCAAGGCAGCUGCAGGCAGACCUCAUCAGCCCCCACUUCCCAGACAUCAAGGGCUUUGUGAUCGUCCAGGUGGCCACAGCCAAGUGA